CCUCCGUGCAGGCUGGCUCUGUUAAUGGUCCAAGGAGCCUCCUCUCCACUUCCCCAUGUCUGCAAGGCCCCAGGGACAUCUGGCCAAGGCUACUGCCUGCUGGGAUUCUGGAAGCAAGACCAUGCAUUCCUGCUACGGUUGUGGGGAGGGAACAGUAAGAUAAUGCUAAAAGCAAACAAGACCAAGAGGCUGAGGGAGGCUUGCUCCCCGUGUCACAAAGCAGGGCAAAUAACAGGUCCUUGUGUCAUGCUCCCCCCAGUGUAUGCCAGGAUGGCAGGCCCUAGGAUGAGGAGGUCUCUCUCCUAUUCAAGGUUAGGUUCACUGACCAGCAGCAGAGAAGUAAGGGCAUGCUGGGCAGAGAAAAAGCAAUGAGGGCAGCCCAGUGAUCAAGGAAUAAGGCCUGCCAGGCGUGUUUUCAGGGGGAAGCUGACCCACCACCUGCCAUGAACAGCUGGACUAGCACCCUUGCAGCCUCGAGGACUCGAGGCCCCGAAACCUGGACCAAGAGAAGAGGCCGUACUGGGGAGGCCCAGCCCGUUCCUUGGCAGGAGGCCAGCCAGCAUCUCCAACACCCACUCAAGAUCUUUGGCCUAGUCAGUCCCGCCCCGAAGGGAGAUGGACAGACUGCAGGAGCGGGCAUUUGUCCAGCCAGAACCGGAAGCCCCUUGAAAAAAGUUCCUGCCCGCUGUGCGCGAUGACGCACUUCCUGUUCGAGGCGCCCGCUGUUCUCACUGCUUCCGGCAGGCGGCGCUAAAGGCCGUGGGCCGGUAGCCCUGGAGCAUUGUGGGAAGCACGGUCCUGGCUCCGCCUCUGCCUUCCCGCGGUUCCUGCCGGGCCCAUUUCCGGGGCCGUCCCAGACACUAGAGGUGGGAGAUGUAGUUCCUUGGACCAGGAAGCCGCGGUACGCGGGCGGGAUAGGACUCGGCUUCCCAGAGGGCUGUGCGUGUGGGCGGGGAGCGCGACCCCAGAGCUCUGAGUUCCGGAUCCCGCGGCCGGCGGCGUCCGGAGGGCCCACGGUCGGCCUCGAGGACUCCGAUUGCGGAGGGGUUAGCGCCGGUGCUGUGCCCUGCCGGCUCUGAACAGGCAUGGGGUGCCAUUGCCCUUCCUUGUGAGCAUCCCGGCCUAGGGCGCCCGGCGUUCGCACGGUGCCGACCGCGGGAUUAGCGCUUUUAUCCUCGAACUCAGCGCGGCGCGCUGUUAGCUGUACCGAGCCCUCGCAGGCCACGUGGCUGUGCUGUCCCUACCCGGGACAUUGUCAGCAUCUAAGGCCCCACCAGCAAGCAGCUCCGCUGGGCCUGAGAACGCCGGGGACCUUCGCCAGGGCGCCUCCGCCCACCUCGCCAGGGCUGCACUAUGCCCCCGAGGCACGUGGCACGCGAGGUGAAGGGGUGCCCUUCGGGGCCAGGACGUGGUUCUUUGUGCUGCUGAGCCUGCUGGGUCUGCGAGAGGGAGCUGUGCUACACGAUUUCCUCCUCGCAAACUGUGCUGUGGCCUGCAGAGACAUGGCCGAGGCGGGGUCCGGCGAGCCCUGCCCUGGCUUGGAGGCUGAGCAGGUGACGGAGUACGACACCCUGCCUUCUGACUCCGUCUCUCUUAGUGACUCAGACUCAAACCUCAGCUGGCCAGGUGGUGCCGAGGUGGAAUCACUGUCUCCAGAGGUCCUGCCUGGGGAGCCCGACGAGGACCCAGAGCUCGAAGAGCCCCCUCCUCGCCCCACAGGCACUCCCACCCCUGCAGUGCAGCCCUUCCACCUGCGAGGCAUGAGCUCUACCUUCUCCCAGCGAAGCCACAGCAUCUUUGAUUGUCUGGAAGGGGCAGCCAAGUGGGUGCCCCCAUCCUCUACAGCCCAAACCAACAUGAGUGACAACGGUGACUUCAAGCGGCCCCUGGUGCCCUCAAGCCAGCCUCCAGCGGGGGACCUAGGCAGGGCUCCUGGGAGACCUGAUCCCUCAAGAGUAGCCCCAGUCCCUGACUAUGUGGCACACCCUGAGCGCUGGACCAAAUACAGCCUGGAGGACGUGGCUGAGGCCAGUGAGCAGGGCAAUCGGGCCGCGGCACUUGAUUUCCUGGGCUCCCGGAGCCCUGCAGUGCCCACUGACUACACGCCUUCCUUCAACCAGGACCCCUCCAGCUGUGGUGAAGGAAGAGUAGUCUUUACUAAGCCAGUCCGGCCCAGUGAGACCAGACCUGAGAGGAAAAGGGUCCUGACAAAAGAGGACUCUGGGGGUGAGGGCCCUGUAGAGCUGACCCACUUGGCAGGGUUUGGAAGUCCAGAGGCUGAGGAAUGGAGCAGCUCCCAGGGGUCACAGGAAGCAAUGAGGCCUCCAGGGGCUGCCCAUACUGGGUCCUCACCAAGCACCCCAGGGGCAGAGACAGUUGGCUUCCAUGUCAGCAAAAAGCGAAGCAGAGAGCAUUUCCGGAACAGGGGCAGCAGCCCUGAGGGUCUGGGGCCUGAGAAAGAACAUCCAGCCUGACCAACCCACCAGGCUGCAU